GGAGAGUUUCUGUGUUCGUAGCUUGAGACACGGAAGGGCAGAAGAGGUUUUCUUCUUCUUGUGUUUGCAGCUCCAGAACCGAGAGAGAGACGCCGCUCCGUCUUCUUCCACAGCCAGCCGCGAGUUCUUCCUAGCAGCAGGAGACCUCCCAGCCGAGAGAGCACCUGCAGAACCGAGAGGCUUCAGCAGUCGGGCGGGAGAGUGAGGCCGCACGCAAGAAGGAACCAGCAGGAGGAGGUGCGGCGCUGGGUAUUUCCAACCUCCAGCGGAGGUUCGCGAACAGGUAAAGGAGGUCUUUUAUAUUUCUCGGGCGUCAAUCUAGAUGGCAGGAAGUUCAAGCAGUAUUCCGAUUUCGGUAUUGUUGUACAUGGGGGGUAACAUUAUAACCAGACAAACCGGUGUUAGUUAUAGUAUUCCGCCAGUUCAACCUAUUAGAAUUGGUCAUAGGUGUAAAUUAACUAAAUUAUAUACGAAGAUAUACAAGUACUUGCAUAUUGAUCCAAAUCAAUAUGCAUUGCGGGUAACCGCAAGAUACCCGAUUAAGGGGCAUCAUGAUACAAUCUUCUAUGAGGUUGUUCCCGUAACUAGUGAUUGCGGUUUACGCAUGGUGUUGGAUGCACACUGCGUAGGGACGACAUAUUUGACUGUGCAACUGUAUGUCGAAAACAUUUCUCAGAUGGGUGUCACCGCAGAUGGGCAGCCGGGAACGUCUAUUGAGCACGUGGUUAAAGCGAAGGAAGAAGAUCCAGAUGUUGGUGGGAUGCCUGUUGUGGAUAUGAACGAAUGUCCACGAUCGUCAUUCGAGCCGCAGACGUACGAAGGACCUACUAUUGAUACGAAUUAUCAUGGUGUUUGCGAAGAAGUUUCAACAUAACUACCAGGAUCGUUGUUCGCAAUAGCGAACAAUGCGCUAGACGAGGGGAUGAACAUCACGAACGAUGUUCAUUUACAAGAUGACACGUACGAGGAGGAAAUUGGUGAAGGGACGAAUGAAUUCCCCGAUGAUCUCGACCCACCCCCCCGUGAAUCAAACGAUGCGACGUAUACGGUAGAUUUCAUGGACAAACCUCCUAUGUAUGGUGUAAUUGACGUAGAUGCUGCAGAUUUGUCCCAUGGUGACGAGCUUCCUAUACGGGUAACUCGUUGGGAUGAAUCAUCAUAACUGAGUAAAGGGAUGCUAUUCAGGUUGAAAGAUCAAUUGAUAACUGCUAUGCGAAUAUAUCACGCUCGAACGCACCAUGACUUCCACGUCCUACAGUCGACCCCACUAUUUUGGGUUGUUAGGUGUAAGAACUCUGAAUGCUGUUGGAGACUGCGUGCGAUGUAUCGUCAGAAACACUGAUUUUUCGAAAUCACUCAAUAUGGUGGUCCGCACACAUGCUUGAAUAAACUCCUCUCGCAAGACCAUAGCCAAAUCACGUCAUCUCAUAUUGUUAGGGAGAUUGUGAAUAUGAUAAGGGGUGAUGCGUUGACCUCAAUCGCUACAUUGAAAGAAUUAAUAGAUCGUUGUUUCGGCUAUUCCAUCUCAUAUAAGAAGAUUUGGUUGGGCAAACAAAAGGCAAUUGCCCAAGUAUUCGGCGAUUGGGAGAAGUCUUUUUAGACUUUGCCUAGGUGGAUGGAAGCAAUGUGCGCUUAUAAUCCUGGUACUGUCGUCAAGUGAAGGUUGAACCCUAUACCAGACAGCGAUCAGACCAUAACAUUUGUAUCAGUCUUUUGAGCAUUCGCAGCAUCUAUUCAGGGUUUUUCCCACUGUCCUCCUAUGAUAUGUAUAGAUGGGACACACUUUACGGUAAGUACAAGGGAAAACUCCUUAUUGCGACGUGCCCGGAUAUAAACAGGCAAAUAUUUCCCCUUGCACUCGCUAUUGUGCAAGAGGAAAGUUUGGACACAUAGAAUUGGUUUCUGUGUUGUCUUCGUUCCAUUACUGACAGGGACUACAUUUGCCUUAUAUCAGAUAAGCAUCCAGGGAUCAUCACAACAGUGUCUCACAAUUCCGAUUGGCAGCCACCGUGUGCACACCACCGAUUCUGCCUUCGACACGUGGUAAGCAACUUCAGCAUGAAAGUGCACAGUGUCAAUCUUAAGCGAAUGGCUGAACAAGCGGGAAGGGAGCAUCAGGUCAGAAAGUUUAACAUGUGGAUGGAGAAGAUCUUCGAUGAGGGUGGGGAACCUGUGAAGACGAUCAGAUCCCUCCUCAUAUGUGGACUCAGUGCCACGACGGUGGCAGAAGGUAUGGGAACAUGACGACAAACCUCGUCGAAUGUUUCAAAGUCGUCCUUAAGGGCGCUCGUAGCCUCCCAAUCACUGCCCUUGUGCAACUGACAUUUUAUCGCGUUGCACAUUAUUUCAACAGCCGACGGGAGGCUGCUCGUAAUGCAAUAUCAGGAGGAAAUGCAUUAACUCCUCAUAUAUUGCUUGCGAUGGAAAGAAGAAAGUUAAAGGCGACCGGACAUCGCGUGACGACGUUCAACCGGGCUAGAGGUACUUUUAGCAUCACGACUGCGCAGUUGGGACCUCAUAAAGGAAACAAUGUGCAAACCCUGCGCAUUCAGGAUUUGCACGUCUGCUAGUAUGGGAAGUGGCAAGCCUUGCACUUUCCAUGCUCCCACCUUCUCGCUGCAUGUGCGGAGACACGACUGAACGUCAUGCAGUACGUUGAGCCUUGUUGGAGUCCCGCCAAACAUUAUGCGACAUAUGCGGCGAAUUUUCAGCCGAUUAUGCACGGAGCGUACUGGCCAGCAUCGUUGUUACCGACUAUACAGGCAAAUCCAGCGUAUGCUCGACAUAAAGGUCGUCCUAGGAGCUCCCGUAUACACAAUGAGAUGGACGCUAGGGAAGGUAGGAAGAGGAGCACGUGCAGUAUAUGUCAUCAAGAAGGACAUAAUCGCACAAGGUGUCCGAGAAGGACCCACUUGGGCGAUGCAGCUGGACCGUCGCGUUGAUGUCGUAUACAGUUUGAGACUCAUUCACACCCUUCUUUUUUUGUAUAUAACUAUUCUGAUGCGACAAUGCAUUUUACAGGAUUGAUCCAGGGCCGUCUGAUCUGAGUGUCUUGAUAAUGGGCGAACAUCACAGGGCCAGCCAAGCGUGAGCUGAUGGGCAUGCGGAGCCCCUAUUCUGCUGAAGGGGCACGCAGUUUGCAGAGCGUUGGUUAGAGGCAGACCCCCGCAUCGUCCAACUGAUACGCAAUGCGGGGUUUUAUGGCAUUUAUCGGAUUGCCCAUAUCCAGCUUGAUUGGCAUCUCGUCACAGCAUUGGUGGAGCGAUGGAGACCCGAGACGCACACGUUCCACCUACCUCAUGGUGAGGCCACCGUCACAUUACAGGACGUAGCUGUUAUGUUCGGGUUGCCAAUUGAUGGGCGAGCCGUCACUGGUCGCACUGUCGGACUAGUGGAGGGACCUACAGACCGUCAGGGUCGACUCGCCCUACAUACUAUGUGCGAGCGUUUGUUAGGCGUCGUUCCGCUUGACAGCGAGUUGGUUGGUGCACGCAUCCGUAUGCGGUUUCUCAAGGGGGAUGCUUUUCGUGAGCUCCCGAUAGAUGCAGAUGCACAUAUGAUAGCAUGUCACGCACGAGCCCACUUGUUGCGUUUGAUUUGUGGGGCGAUCUUCUCUGAUGUUUCCGGCAGCUAUGCGCAUCUGAUGUUCCUUCCACUACUUGAGGACUUCGGAGCGUGUCACUCGUACAGUUGGGGGUCCGCCACUUUGGCGUGGUUGUACAGGGAGAUGUGUCGCGCCGCGCACCACUCGAAGACACAGAUUGCGGGCCCCUUUCGCCUACUCCAGGUUUGGGCCUAGUAGAGAUUUUCUUCCUUCGCGCCGACGCGGCGAGGUUUCCUGUAGAUUGAGAGGGGUUAAGAUGGUCGUCCGGUUGAUCCUCUCCCACUCGCAUACCGAUGGAGGGACGACGUGAGGGCAUCGAUGGUUACACUUCACACAUUGCCCUGGUACAGGUUUGAGUUGGACAUGCACUGGGAGCAUGAGUUUUUUUGGAUGCCCUACACGGAAGAGAUUUUAGCCGACCUGCCGCUUGACUAUGCAGACGAGAGGGACCUGUGGGUAGCUCGAGUGCCACUCAUAUGCUUUCAUAUUAUUGAGUGGUAUCUCCCCAAUCGAGUCAUGCGACAGUUCGGGUUUCGACAGGUUAUUCCCGCCCCAUUUAUGACUUCGGGGGUAGAUAUUGUUGGGGACGAUCUCCACGGCAUGGUUGGGCGCGGUCGAGGGGUCACAAACUGGUCGAGUACGCACGCGAUAUUCGUCACUGUGUGGGAGCAUCGGCGAGACUACGUCAUACGAGGAGUGGCGAAGCAUGGUCCGAUGCGUCUAGAUGACCCAUACUUCACUUGGUAUAGGUCUAUCACACACCGCUUUGUCGACAAGACCGCUGCUAUAUAUUUGAGCCUCGCUGACAUAGUCAUUGAGGCAGACCAGAUCUCGUCGGAUCCUGCGAUCCACCGAUUGAUGAGUGCUGCACUGGACCUCAUCCACGAGGACGGUCGACGGAUUCCAGAACGAGGAGGUCUACCUGAUGUACCAGCACGAGGAGGUCGAGCAACUCCAGUAUGAAGAGGACGACAUGCCUCCUCUAGUCGUCCAGGGACUCCCCUGUCCUCCCCACCAGUUGUACAAGCUGAGUACUUGUUCGGCCCGUCAGCGCCUUAUGCGCCUUCCACUGCAGCUGAUAUUGCCGGACUGUCGAGCAGACCGACUAAUGCCCCAUCCGACUCUAUUGCUACCCCAUCGAUGUCAUUUUUAUUGGACGAUCUUUUCGAUGGGGUGGAGGUCGAUGCACCCCCUAUACCGCCUCGUUCUCGUCCCGAGACAUCGUAUCAUUUAUCACCGCGUGCACUCCACAUGGAUGAUGAUGAUUAUGCAGCACCUCUUGGGGGAGAAGAUCCACAUCCAGGACGACGGACAGGACACCUGAUGAUGCUGACCAGCAAGGAGAGGGUAGACGCAAACAGCAGCCACCACGACCCCAGAGACGACCUCGCUGUGGCACAGAGUAGUUUAGCAUUAUUUUAAUUGCAUUUUAUUUGUAUGUAUAUCAUUGAUUGUUUUGAUUUCAUUUGUAUAUAAUUGAUUUUUUUUUAUUCUUUUGUAUAUAUCAUUUAAUAAUUCGUAUCCCUAAAGAAUUCAAUACUGCCAAAUAUAAAAAAAUGACACAUAAUUCGUAUCGCUAAAA